AUGAAGCUUCUAGUUAGGCACAAGAUCACCUUGUCCCUGUUCAAUGACGUAGUAAGUGUUGUCUUCAGCAACAGGGCCUUAUCAUCAGGUUGUGAAGAACAAUCAAUAGCCUCCUUGCUGUUUGGGAGUUUCCCUGGAGCCACUUUGGCCAACGGCUUAACAAGAUGGUCAGAGGAAGAGGCAGCAAUCAUCAGUAGAGUGCAGUGCAGGAUCGUAGCUCUGGAUCUUCGGAGUCAUGGAGAAACUAAAGUCAAGAAUUCUGAAGACCUGUCAGCAGAAACGAUGGCAAAAGAUGUUGGCAAUGUGGUUGAAGCCAUGUACGGGGACCUCCCUCCUCCUGUCAUGCUGAUUGGGCACAGCAUGGGCGGUGCCAUUGCAGUGCACACAGCAUCAGCUAACCUGGUGCCGAGCCUCUUGGGCCUCUGUAUGAUUGAUGUUGUGGAAGGUACAGCCAUGGAUGCACUUAAUAGCAUGCAGAAUUUCUUACGUGGUCGUCCUAAAACCUUCAAGUCUCUGGAGAACGCUAUUGAAUGGAGUGUGAAGAGUGGCCAGAUUCGAAACCUAGAGUCUGCCCGAGUCUCGAUGGUCGGCCAAGUUAAACAGUGUGAAGGUAUUACAAGUCCAGAAGGCUCCAAAUCCAUAGUAGAGGGAAUCAUAGAGGAGGAAGAGGAAGAGGAAGAAGGAAGUGAGUCAGUAAACAAGAGGAAAAAGGAAGAUGACAUGGAAACCAAGAAGGACCAUCCCUAUACCUGGAGAAUUGAACUGGCAAAAACAGAAAAGUACUGGGAUGGCUGGUUCCGGGGCUUAUCCAACCUCUUUCUUAGUUGUCCUAUUCCUAAACUGCUGCUCUUGGCUGGUGUUGAUAGAUUGGAUAAAGAUCUGACCAUAGGCCAGAUGCAGGGUAAGUCGUCCAGAAAUUGUGCCCAUGGAUCCUUUUCCGAGGGCAGGGAACUGGGCAGCCAUAUGAAAAUUAAUAUUCUGAGAUAGUGAGGUACAGUGGGGAGAGCGUGGGGUUAGAGUCGACCUCCAUUGGACCGCCACCUCUUCCAACACCAGGGAUUAUGGGCAAGUAUCUUCCCUUUUCUGAAGCGUGUUUCUCACUGCCCCCCAACUAACAAUGAGACUUAUUACUCUAGCUGUGUUUCCAGGGUAGAAGGAUGUAAAUGAGGUCAUGCACCUGAAAAUUAUUAAGUUUUACAUAGGCGUCGAACGUUAUGAACAGACAUAGUUUUCUUAUGUUCAGAGUUUUUAGAAAAGAGAAAUAGUAUAGGUACUAAAUGGUGUAAGGUCUGUUAGAAGACAUGGUGAGGAGGGAGAAGAGGGAGCUUCAUCGUGGGGGUGAGUUUUAGACACUGCUUUCCUAGGAACCUGUAUCAGCUGGAAUGCUCUGAAUGUGUAAAAUGAGAGCAUUGAUGCCAGCCUCAAAGGGAGUACAAAGUAUAGUGGGUCUGAGCACACCCAUGAGCAUGAACGUGAGGGCUGUGCAGCAGUGGAUGUUAUAUGCUAUAACAUCUAACAGUGGGUGCUCUAUGUUAGAAUCAUAUGCAUUAAUAAUAUAAGAGAUCUGAAGGAGAGGCACCUCCUGCAGGAGAAGGGCCAUUAAUAGGCUUAAUGAAUGGUGUGGCCUCAGUUCCUUCUCUAAUUACACAGCCUUGGAUGAGACAUUGCCCUACUCAUAGCUAGGUUCAUUACCUGUGUGAUUGUAGACACAGCUUUAGCAGAGGGUAGAAUAUACACCGAAAACAUGGACUACUGUACAGCUUACACGAGAGCCACAAAGACAUCUCCAACUUUCUUACGUUGUAAAUGGAAAAACUGGGUCUCGGAGAGUUAAUCCGCCCCCGCCCCAACCCUGUCCUUAGCAUUGAACUGGAGUCUUUGGGUGCCGGGCAAGCACCUGCCCCUAGUGCUCAGCCAGCUCAGCUCUAGUCCCUCCUUUUUUCUUUUUCUCAUUGCUGGACACCAAACCCUUGGACCAACACACACCAGGAAAGCUGCAUGCCCAGCUGCUGUUCACUCUUAAUAACAGCCAUAUUAGGGAUUGGAUGUCAUUCAGGUAGUGUUUGAGUAGCAUGCUUGGGGCCAACUUUCAAUCCUAAAUCCACCCCCACCAAGGAUUACCAUAAGUUUGUGAGCUUGCAGUGUGCUGGGAGGCAGUGUGAGGAAGCAUCUGUUUAAUACUCAUUGGCUGUCUUUUACACUGAUCCAUUUCAGCAUUCUGAACAUAGCUUACAGAGCCCCAAAUGGCCUCCGGUUUUCCGGCCCAGCCCCAUUGCCAGCCGCUCAAAUCAGCACCAGGCCAAGCUUCUUUAUUUCCGUGGCUAACUGCCGCUUCAAGCCUUCUCUUCUGUAGGUGGGCCAUUCUUUCUGUGAGAAGCCUGUCUGGGUACCUGCUGGCUCAGGAAGCUCUUUUCACACACUUUUAUAGCCUCCAUGCCCAUUUUCGCCUUGGACUACAUCUACAGUAGUGCUGUGUUUUACUCACUGGCUGGACUGACUCCUGAGAGUACAGGAGCUGAGUUUUCUGCCCAAAGUACAUUUACACCAAAGUGGAUACAGAAGGAGAGGGUGAAAAGUGAAGGGACCAGGAACAAGGUUACAGUUACACUCAGCAGACUGAGAGCUGUGUCCAGAGUGUCCUGAGGGAAGGUCCUCCCGGGCUGCCCAGUGACCUGAGAGGUCCAGGGCUGAUAAGCGGAGGGCUUUUGUCCCUGAGGUUGCCUGCUUGUCUCUCUCUAGGAAAGUUCCAGAUGCAGGUCUUACCGCAGUGUGGCCAUGCAGUCCAUGAGGAUGCCCCUGACAAGGUAGCUGAAGCUGUUGCCACUUUCCUGAUCCGGCACAGGUUUGCAGAGCCUAUCGGAGGAUUCCAGUGCGUGUUUCCUGGCUGUUAGUGACCUGCUGUCCACCCUCCCUCUCCAUUGAGCUCUGUUGUAAAUACAUCGCACCAGAGGCCACUGUGACGCCGCCGACGCCGUCUCCUACCAUCCCACCCAGCCACGUGACACCGGCUCCCUGUAGAGGGGCAUCCCCAGAUGUACAAACCCUCUGUAUACCUGUCAAAAGCAUUGUUUUCCAGGGCCCCUGUCCAACAGUGGCCUGCGCAGUCUGGGGUCCCCAGCUCUUUCCCUCCCCGUGUGCUCCCUGCCUUACCUAGGGUGAAGCCUUCACUCCCUGGGUCCCUGUUCCUGGCAUCCGGCAAUAUACCUGGGUCCAUAUGUCUCCCCAGGCUCAGGGAUCUCCAUUCCUUGAGGAUGUUCUUGGCAUGGUCCUGCCCUACCUCAUGGGAUGGGCAAUGCACACACUGGCCCUUAUUUUUCCCUUUCAAAUAAAACACCAGUCAGGUACCUUUA